UCCAGAAACUGGGAACCGUGCCUGGGCGUCGACGUUGUGACGCCACGGGAAAUUCACUUUCCCAUGUGUCGUCCAUCGGGAGAAAAACUACAUCAUUUUAGACACCCAGCUAGACGAAACACCCAUCUUCCCUGUGAACAUUCUAUAUGCUUGUCUAGGGCCAUGGCUGACGACAGCCAUGGACUUUCGCCUCCCAUUCUCACAGCAAUCGCUCUCCACGAGCCAGAGUUUCCGUCCACGUCUCCCGAACCUGUCCAUUCCGUCACCCACCAUGCCACGCCGUCUCCAUCCCAGCACCAUCACACCUGGUCUUCACAUCCCCCCACAUCCGGCCAAGCUCACAGCAACGUAAUGCCGCCGCCUGCUGUUGGCGGUGAGGACCGUCAAACGAUGCCACCUCCGCGUCCUUUUGCCCACAAAUUUGCGACCGAACGUCCUGCCGCAGCCACCGUGAAAAGAGACCCUGAUCUUCAGCGAGCCGGAUCUGUAGGGGAGCGUCUGCCUCACCUCGAGCGCCCAAACAGACUGGCUUUUGAUCCGUACAUGUCCGACUCCAGCUCUUCCUCUUCAGCCUCCUCAUCCGACGACGAUGAUGACGAUAAAGACGCAAGGAAAGAUCAACAAGCCUACAGUGGUGUAGGUGCCGAUACCAAGAGUAAAAGGAAUACCCGUCGAGGUUCUGCACCUUUCCACCGUCUCAAGAUUAGCAAUGAGAACGUCAACACGUCAGGAAAAGUGUCAAAACGGGACGGCAGGCUACGCUUGUCCAUCAAUGAGACGCUCAACAGCGGCUAUAUCGCAAAGACCCUGGGUGCAGGGAUAAGGAAACAUUUUGGGGGCACGGAUGAAGAAGAUCAGCUCGACGUUGUCCCACGCUCCGACGCUGGCAAGAUCACGCACGAAGACGACAUAAUGGAAGAUCCCGAACGACGCGUGCGUCUCAACAUCGUUGUCAUUGUCAUUGGGUCAAGAGGUGACAUACAGCCCUUCCUUCGCAUUGGCAAGAUCCUGAAAGAAGAUUACGGUCACCGUGUGCGUAUAGCCACACACCCUGCCUUCAAACAAUUUGUCGAAAAAGAUUCCGGUCUCGAGUUCUUCUCCAUCGGAGGCGAUCCGUCCGAACUCAUGGCCUUUAUGGUCAAAAACCCAGGAUUGAUCCCUAAUCUGGAGACCGUCAAAGGUGGUGAGGUGGGCAAACGAAGAGCAGCCAUGUUCGAAAUGUUUGAAGGCAUGUGGAGGGCCUGUAUCAAUGCUACAGAUGAUGAAACCGACCAGGCGAAUCUGAAAAUGAUGGGAGAGCGGAUUCCAUUCAUAUGUGAUGCUAUCAUUGCGAACCCACCUAGUUUCGCUCCGCCACACAUCGCCGAACGCUUGGGUGUGCCAUUGCACAUGAUGUUUACUUUCCCAUACUCCCCAACUACGCAUUUCCCACACCCCCUAGCGAAUAUAAAGACGAGCAAUGUCGACGCUAAAUAUACAAACUUCAUGAGUUAUCCAUUAGUCGAAAUGAUGACUUGGCAGGGGCUUGGAGACUUGAUUAACCGAUUCCGACAACACACCCUGUUUCUGGAAGAGGUCUCAACGCUAUGGGCCCCAGGCCAACUUUAUCGACUCAAAGUCCCGUACACGUACAUGUGGAGUCCGGGAUUGGUCCCAAAGCCUUCGGAUUGGGGUUCGGAAAUUGAAGUCUCUGGCUUCGUCUUCCUUGAUCUUGCCUCGUCUUUCACGCCUCCCGACGAGCUUGUGAAAUUCUUGGAGGCCGGACCACCACCAAUCUACAUCGGCUUCGGCUCAAUCGUCGUCGAUGAUCCGGAUGCUUUCACCCAGAUGAUUUAUAAAGCUGUAGAGCUUGCUGGUGUUCGUGCACUGGUAUCUAAAGGUUGGGGUGGUUUUGGUAGUAAUGACAAUGCACCAGAGAAUGUGUUCAUGCUCGAGAACACCCCUCACGAUUGGCUGUUCCCAAAAGUAGCUGCGGUUGUACACCAUGGAGGUGCUGGAACCACUGCAGCCGGACUCAAAUGCGGUGUGCCAACCAUGAUCGUACCCUUCUUUGGUGACCAGCCAUUUUGGGGUGCGAUGGUGUCCAAGGCUAAAGCCGGCGCACACGACUGCAUACCCUACAAGAAGCUCACCGUAGAGCGCCUGGCGGAAGGUAUCAAACAAUGUCUCACUGACGAGGCUAAGAAGAACGUGCAAGAGAUUGCCGACAGUAUUGCGAAAGAAGGCGACGGUGCAUUGAACGCUGUACGAUCUUUCCAUCGCAGUCUGCCGUUACGCGACAACGACACAAUGCGCUGCUCACUUCUACCUACGCAUACUGCCGUAUGGCGAAUGAAGAACACAUCAAUAAGACUCAGUGCGCUUGCCGCGGAACUUCUUGUGGAGUGGCGAAAGAUCAAGUGGAACGAACUUCGCUUGCUUAGACAUUUCGAAUGGAAUGAUUUCGGCGGUCCCGGUGAGCCUUUGACGGGAAUCUGGGGUGCACUGGUGGAUACAGUCACCGAUGUUGCUACCGGUGUUGGAUCGAUUCCAGUGCAAAUGGGUAAAAGCGUGAAAAGACAUGAACAAUACCGAGAGAAGAAGAACAGGGUUCAGAAACGUCAGAAGAAGAAGCGCGAGACAUUGGAAAGGGCGAACAAAGGCAUUUCAAAUGCUGGAAAGAAUGUCUCGAGUACCAAUGGAGUCAAGAGAGAAAAGGAUAGUGAGGAGGAAAACGCGAAAACCGAGGGGAAACCUGCCAGGCCCGGCCAAAUGAAGCGUGAUCCCUCAACCUUGUCUCAGCUCUCCGAGCCUGAUGAGGAGUUGGCUGAAGAAUUUGCCCACGAAGCGGAACAUGGCUUCAAAAAGACUGGCGGCGCGAUUCUUAAAUCUCCCAUGAAAUUCUCAGUGGCCAUGGCUCAAGGCUUUCACAACGCACCCCGCUUGUAUGGCGAUGAAACGGUUCGAAGGCCUCCACGCAUCACAGGCUUUCAUUCAGGUGUUCGUGCUGGGCGCGAUGAACUCGUAUACGGUGUCCGGGAUGGAGUCAGUGGGUUAUGGAUGCAGCCUUACCGCGGAGCGAAGAACCAUGGCGUACUAGGAUUUGCCCGUGGUGUUGGAUUUGGGAUUGGAGGGUUCGUUCUCAAAGAUAUUGCAGCUUUCAUUGGCCCUGGUGCGUACUUCAUGAAAGGGCUAGACGAAGAGUACAUGAAGAAGCAUCGCCCUACCAAUUUUCUCAGGCGGGCCCGCAUCAUUCAAGGACACACUGAGCUCGAGCAACUCGCGCCUCGUCGCACCACUUCGGACCCCGACAAGGACAUUGACACUCGAAACGAACAACGAGCGGACAUUGAAGAACGAGUAAGCAAGAAAUGGCAAGACCUGCAACCGCAAAUCAAACAGGAAAGAAAAGACAGUAGGUCAGGAUUCCGUGCCGCCCUUCUCGGUCACAGUAAGCACAGCGAAGGGAAUCGCAUUCCCAUGAAGGGUCCCAGACCAACUACUCCCAAAGGCUCUCCCACGAGUGAUCCGAAGGUGCAAAAAACAGCUUCCAUGCCAAUCAAUGGUCUCCAGCACACCGCGGAUGAGCAGAUCGCUCAAGAUGAUAAGGAUAUGGAUGAUGUGCAAGAUGUGCGCAGAAUAGCUUCCGCACCCCCCGCUCCUCAGCAGUCAAAGGAAAAGAAGUUGAGUAACGGAGCUAUCCAGCCAAUUAUCCCUGAGGAGUACGAAGUUGCCGAUGCUAGAGAUCAAGCACUACCUAAGCAUACAUUGCCUGGUGUCUUCAAGGCCAGUCUUGAGGGAAACGGACAACCUAUCCAUGGAAGAAAAGUCGAUGGGGUCCGUCAAACAGCCGAUGUCAAGGAGGGCCCCCUGCAGAAGUUUGAGUGA